UAGAAAACGUGUUAAAGAAAUUAUGAAAAAAAAAUGCAAAUUGUAUUUUUUUUUUUUUUUAAUUUUCGAACGUUUAUUUAAAUGUCAUAAUUUCAUUUAUCAUUCAUUAAUUAAACAUGAACAUUCUAUCCAUUAAUAAUCUAUAUAAAUUUUGUAUAUCCUUAUUUUGUAUAAAUUUCAAUGUACGCAAUUUAUUCAAAAGAAUUAAUUUGAAUUUUAUUAAUCCUAAGAUUCAAAUUUUUUUUUUCCAUCUUUUUAUUAAUUGUAAAAUAAAAUAAAAAAAAAGAAUAUUAUUAUAUAUAAAAUAAAU